GCAUUAUUCUCAAUUUCAAUUUCUCAUCUUACACCUAACCCCCUCUUUCUCUCUCUCCCUUCCAUAUCUAAUCUACAAUCUAACCUAUUCCUCCUAUCUAUCUGCACAGAGCAGAAAAGAGAGAACAAGAAAGAAAGAAAGAAAAAAGGGCAGCUUGUAGGUUGUACAACUGAGAUCAGCUUCGACGUCUGAAAAUAAGAAAAGGAUUUUGUUUUUCAGUUGAUGUUGCAGCUUCUGUAGACAAUUACUAAUUGGAGAAUUCUUAUUCUAGAUCAAGGAGCAAGCUAAAAAGUAAAAAAGUCAGUUUAAGAGAUGGGUUAUUUAUGUGACUUUUGUGGAGAGCAAAGGUCCUUGGUAUACUGCCGCUCAGAUGCUGCAUCCUUAUGUUUGUCGUGCGAUCGGAAUGUUCAUUCUGCUAAUGCCCUUUCUAAGCGCCAUUCCAGGACCCUUGUAUGUGAGAGAUGUAACUCACAACCUGCUUUUAUAAGAUGUGCUGAGGAGAAAAUUUCACUCUGUCAGAACUGUGACUGGCUUGGUCAUGGUACCACUCCGUCUACUUCGGGGCAUAAGAGGCAAACAAUCAAUUUAUAUUCUGGCUGCCCUUCAGCUGCAGAAUUUUCUUCAAUAUGGUCCUUUUUCUCAGAUAUACCUGCCAUGGGUGAAACAUGUGAGCAGGAACUUGGUUUAAUGAGCAUUAGUGAGAACAGUGAAAAGAGUGCUUGGGUUCCUCCAGAAAACCAGAAUGCUUCUAGUUCUGCUCAAGUGACCAAUCUACCCGGCAAGGAUAAAUCUUGGGUUGGCACAUCUUCAAUGCCCGAGUCAAGCUCAGAACCUCGUAUCAUGGACCAGCCACCUGGACCUUCCAAUGCAUGCGUGCCUAAGUUAUAUUGUCCUGUGAAAACAACUCCUGCACUCUGUGAAGAUGAUGAUAAUCUAUAUGAUGAUUUCAACAUGGAUGAAGUGGAUCUGGAUCUUGAGAACUAUGAGGAACUUUUUGGUGUGGCUCUCAGUCAUUCUGAAGAGCUUUUUGAAAAUGGUGGAAUUGAUAGCUUAUUUGGGACAAAGGAAAUGUCUGCCAGUGCUGGGGACUCCAAUUGUCAGGGCGCGGUUGCUGCUGAGGGCUCAACUGGAUUAAUCAAUGCAACACAACCAGCAUGCAGCAAUGCUGCAUCUGCAGAUUCGAUGAUGAGCACUAAAACUGAACCAAUUAUUUGUUUUACUGGAAGGCAAUCCCAAUCGAACAUUUCUUUUUCUGGUGCAACUAAAGAUGGUGGUGGUGGUGGUGGUGGUGACUAUCAAGACUGUGGGGCUUCUUCAAUGCUUCUCAUGGGAGAGCCUCCCUGGUGUCCUCCUUGCCCCGAGAGCUCUAUGCAAUCUGCUAAUCGCAGCAACGCUGUCAUGCGUUAUAAGGAAAAGAAAAAGACACGAAAGUUUGAAAAGCGAGUAAGGUAUGCCUCUCGUAAGGCUAGGGCUGAUGUCAGAAGGCGCGUGAAGGGCCGGUUUGUCAAAGCCGGUGAUAUCUAUGACUACGACCCGAUGAGCCAAACCAGAAGUUACUGAGUGUACAGCUUUUAACCGUGAUCCUAUAAAAGAAAAAAAGACUCAUAUAGUUGCAAAAGAAAACAGUUAACUGUUUCCUGGAAAAACAAAAAAUGGAUGAAAAAAUUGAUGCAAUUUUUCUCUCCACAAAAAUGACGAGCUGUCUGGUUUUAUCACAGGGCCCUAAAUUUUCUUCGAGGGGGAAGAAGGUUGUAACAAUGCCAUGCCACCAGGAUCUUAGUUCUGGAGCAGAUUGUGUCCUUUUACCUUGAAGGAUAGAUAUUUCGCUGCGAUAUCAGCCGAAAAUGACACAAUAUCAAUCACAAAGUGCCCUGCCUCCUCCUUCAGGCAAAUGGGUUUUGAAUUUUGAUUGCCUCUGUUGGCAAAUGCUGCCUCUUUAUUCUUGUGCUCUUAAGAAUGCAGAAUUCUUUAGUCCUCUGACCCUUGAUUAUAUAUGCUGCACCCUCCCUCUCUCAAUCUCAUACUCCCUCCCAUUCUGAUCUUAGUCACAUGUACAAGUGGCUAAUUUGAUACUUGUUUUUAUGUUCAUAAUGUUGUAAUAUUUUGCCUCUUGCACUUUGAGAUGUAUAGCAUAAAGCAGUACAUAAAAUAUGCAGUUAGAGGUGUAAUUGCCCAACAGAUAUAUCAGGCAUCACAAAUUGUAAAUUGUAAGGUAUUUAUUAUUAUAUUAUUAUUAUUAUGUAUAGGUUAGAACUCUAUUUAUGCUGAUCACAGGAAGCAGUUUAAUUGGACAUGUAUCAUGUAUCAAUACAAGUUUUGUUUGUAUUUUA